UUAAAUACUACUCACAUUCACCACCUCUCUCUUCACACAAAACAAAUCAACGCAUUUCACAAUGGAUUUCAGAUUGAUGGGUUUGGAUGCUCCUGUUCUUCAUGCUCUCCACCAAAUGAUGGACCUUUCAGACGACACUUCGUCUGACAAGGCAUCACACAAUGCUCCGACAAGGUCCUAUGUUAGAGAUGCGAAGGCAAUGGCUGCUACUCCGGCAGAUGUGAAGGAAUAUCAGAAUUCGUACUUGUUUGUGAUCGACAUGCCGGGAUUGAAAUCUGGGGAUAUAAAGGUUCAGGUUGAAGAUGACAAUGUGCUUGUGAUAAGUGGUGAGAGGAAGAGGGAAGAAGAGAAAGAAGGUGUUAAGUAUUUGAGAAUGGAGCGAAGGGUUGGGAAGUUUAUGAGGAAAUUUGUUCUUCCUGAGAAUGCUAAUACUGAUGCUGUUUCUGCUGUGUGUCAAGAUGGGGUGCUCACCGUUUCUGUUGAGAAAUUGCCUCCUCCUCAGCCUAAGAAGCCUAGAACUAUUGAGGUUAAGAUCGCUUGAGUUUGUGUUUUUAUUCGAAUAAUGAUGUAGUAAUGUGUUUGAAUCAAUGUGAUGGUCUUUUGGGAAGAGGUUGUCUUUUUUAGGUUGUUCUUGUUAUGUUAUGUUUUGUUUUGUUUUGUUUUGGAGAGUUAUUGUUAGUGUAUUUUGAUUUGCUCAAGCACAAGAAUGCAAUGAAGUGAUUUUGUUUCAAUAACAAUUUAUUGACCUUUAUAUAUCAA